AUGCAACUGAUUGGAAUAUUACGGUGGUUGGUUGAGCUUGGAAGAAUGGACGUUUGUUCUGAAGUCUCAAUGAUGUCUUUGUACAAUGCCAUGCCUCGUGUUGGACACUUUCAUGCGGUAUUACACCUUUUUGGUUAUCUUGAAACACAUCCAAGUUGCGAGAUUGUCAUGGAUUCCGCAUAUAUGGCCCUGACCGACAUACCAAAAUCUGAAUGGCAUGAAUUCUAUCCAUGGGCAAAAGAAGUACUGCCCCCUGAUAUGCCAGAAGCCCUUGGACGAGCGGUAAAGAUUGUGAUGUUUGUUGAUGCCUCACAUGCUUCCAACAAUCUUGUUACAUGUCAAUCCAUAACAGGUGUUCUUAUCCUCUUGAAUCAUGCACCAAUCGUUUGGUAUUCGAAGAAGCAGAAUGCUGUCAAAACAAGUUCUUUUGGAAGUGAAUUUGCUGCAUUGAAGACUGGUGUUGAAUUGGUUGAAGGUCUAGUAUACAAAUUGCAAAUGAUGGGCGUACCAAUUGAUGGCCAUUGCCAUACUCUUGUUGAUAACAACUCUGUUGUGAUGAACGCAAGUUGCCCGGAAUCUGUCUUGAAAAAGAAAAGCAAUUCUGUUGCUUAUCAUUAUGUUCGUUCAAAAUGUGCAAGUGAUCUUAUUCAAGUUGCUUGGGAAGGAACCAAAACAAAUCUUGCCAAUAUGUUAACAAAGAUUCAUACUGGUAGAGAACGUGCUCGUCUGGUGGAAUUCAUUAUGUAUGAAGAAGACAAAAUGCUGAGAGUGGUACAAUCUACGAUCAAAGCUCUGAAUGUGCUUUUUGGUCUGCCUCCACACUAA